AAGGCAAGACUGUUUUUAAACAAAUAGUCAAAAUCAAUUCCCGUAGCGAAGUGCAAGUGUUUGUGACCUGUUUCUGCUGUAAUGUUCCAGUGAGAUGACCAGGCUUGUGGGGAGAGGUGGUAGCUGCUGUGAGACCACAUGAGUAAGCUGGAGGGGUGAGAGGGAAGUGUCCUCUCAGGGUCUGACAUAGGAGUACCCGUCUUGAAAUGCAAUUUAAGAAUAAUUACUUUAACCAUGUUAAUAGGUGAGGUGGUCUGAGGAAAAGGUGGUUGACAACCUGUGGAGAAGAAGCAACAGCCAAGGAAGAGGUGGUGAAACUGUUAGCUUCUUGGGAACAGAGAGGAAAACUCCAUUAUCAUCCAGGGACCUGCUGGAUGAACUGCAAGGCACAGUGUAAGGUUGUGCUUGCAGUGAGGAAACACACUGUGCACGCUCUGGGUUCAGUGGGGAAGGCUGAGCCCUGCUUCCCCCAGGUUCAGCUUUGGCCUGCUUGUGUGUGUAAGCUUCAGCCUCCUUGCCUGGGCAGGUUUGGGUGCUGUGUUAACCACAGGAGUUUUAAAACAGGGAAGAAUUUUGCUAAUAUUACUUCAGCUCCACUGAUAGGUCAGAAUGUGGGUUGCCUGCUGUGGCUCCUGUGCAAGCAAGGACACUCUGUGACUAGUUGGAGCAUGAUGUCAGGUCUUCUCUGAGCAUAUUUCACAGGGUAAUGCUUAAAAUGGUAGUGGCAGCUGCUCCCAGCCUGCUUGAGAGCUCUUGAUGCUGGUCACGUCACCUGGGAUUUGUUAGAGAAUUACUAAUCCCCUCAAGGGAAGUGAAACAGAAAAGGGGAAAGGACGAGGAGACUUGCAGAAGAUGAGGAUUAUUUGUUUUCACUGUAUCAGUUUCCUGUUCUGGUUUAUUUUUGUGUGCUGUGUUUCAGGUGUGUGAGUCAGGAUUCUCAGCAGGAGUUUGUCCUGGGAAAACUCCAGUUCUACCUUCUGUGUGGUUUAUUUAAGUAGCAGUCGGCUUUGUACACCAUCUAAACCAGCAAGGCUGUGACCACAUAUACAAUUAACCAGUCUUCUUGAGAGCAUUAGAGGAGAAGGGUGCACCCACCAUGGCUGCUGAGUUGGAUUUCUCCCCACCUGAAAUCCCUGAGCCCACAUUCAUGGAGAACGUGCUACGCUACGGACUCUUCUUUGGAGCCAUUUUCCAGCUUAUCUGUGUGCUAGCCAUAAUCCUGCCAGUGUCCAAGUCCCAUAAGACAGACUCGGACAGUUUUGAGCCCAAGAAUUCAGAGACAGUGAAGAAGCCAAAGGCGACUGCUCCACAGAUAAGCAAGAAACCUAAGAAGGAAACCAAAAAGAAACGAUAAAGGCAUGACCAAUGAGCCUCAAAAGGCAAAAUAAUCACCUAUAAUCACGCUUCCUCGGAGAUGACAUCAAAGGCAACUAACUAGAUUAAAUGGUUCUCUGGCAUUGCCACAUUUUACCUUUUGGAGACAAGAGAGAAGGAACUUAGAAGAGCGGAAGGGGUGGGAUUCUACCAUAGAUUUCGUACAAGCAAAGAGGACUUCAUAUGUCCAGGACUUCAUUUGACAUGAUUAAUGUGUCAAUCACCAUUAAAGUGACUUCUGUCAUUUCUGCUGGGUAGAGAGGCCUCUUGUCCUCGCUCCACCACGCUGGCUGGGGUUCCUGGUCCAGUCCCUGGGGAAGGUGUAGCACAGGUUGCUCCUUUGGAUACUGGUUUGUGUUGUAUUUUUUGAAGGCGGAGGGAUCAAAUGGAUCAAGGAUACCACAAUACACAGCUUUGUAUUCAUUCAUCUCUGUUGUCAUCUAGUCUGAAAUACAUAGCUGCAUUUUAUGGCUUAAUAAUAAUGUCUUUGUCAUAUUCUUUAAUUCUUUAGGUAAUAACUCAUCAGAUCCCAGACUGCAGUAGAUGAAAGCUUUCAUUUCCCCAGCGUCGCUGCCUUUCUCACUCCCCACCCAUGCACUUCUCCUUUACAUUCCCACCCUGGAAAGCAGGUACAAUUCAGGGAGUUGAGGCUGUGGUGGGGACUACAAAAAGCAGGGAACAGUUUGAUUCUGGAAGGUGCAAAAUUUAAUGUGUGUGUUAAUGGGGUUCUCAAGUUUCAUUUCCCAAGUACUGUGUGUUGGAGAGAAGCUGCUCUGAGGUGGGAGUCUUGGAGCAGGGAAUUGGUUGUGUAUCAAACAGCACUGCCUGGCUGUACUGUUGAUAAACCUCCUGUCAGGCAGCUGAGUGCUAACCACAUGCUCCAUUUCAACAUGGCUGGGGCUUGUUGCAUUUGCAAUCUCCCUCCCAGCCUUACCUGCUGCAGUCUGCUGCAUCUCCUCUUGCUGAAUUCUCCCUGAAGUUAAAUAUGAUCUCAGCCUGAGGAGGUAGAAGGGGUGGCAAGCUGCCUGUGUACCAUGACUAUAUGGCAAGAGACAUAUACACAAUGUUCCUUCAGGCUCUAGCUCUCCAGGCCCAGGGACAACCUAGUAUUAGAUUUAAAUAUGGCUAGACAGGACUGGAAAGAGAUAGGUGGUGACAUAGCCACAGAGUCUCUGCAGGGCAGCUCGAGCUUCCUGAUGCCAGCUCACAUCUUGGUUUGUUUGAUCACGAAUGAGUCAAUGGGAGGAGAACCUGCUCUUGUAGGCACACCCAGGGUUCAGAGCAGCUUUGAAGGACAGGCUUCUCUCUAGCAGGGCUGGAAGUCUGCGAUCCUUUUUGCAUACAUAGCCUCCCAUCCUCAAUUUACAAAUGCCUUGGGAGCCCAGAUAUGGUAGCAGUGUUGUGCUGGGUGUUCUUUAACAGGAGUUGAACACCACAGUUACACCAUCAGUGUUUCGAACAGCCAUGUCCUCUGCUCACUCUUGGUUUUGGUGGGUGAGACAGAUGGAUCCCAGGACCAGUUUGAUUAACCUCUCACUGCUUCCUCUGCUCCAGGCUCUCUGCUUCCCUUAACCAGAACGCUGACACCAAGGUGCACUGCUUAAAAUCCAGCUUAGAGUUCUGCUUUAAAUUCAGCAUUUUCUUUUUCUUCCUUCUCUUGAGCUACAUAAAGGCAAUACUAGGAGGACAGAACAAAGCAUGGGAGACACAAGCAGUCUACAGUUGCUUUGAGUUGUCAGUACAAAGAAACAUUACAGACAUUUCCCAGGCAAAUAACAAAGAACAAUAUUGUGUUAUAAGUUUCCAUUACGGACCUGUGUUCCUGUCUGGAAUCUGCAGGGGAAAGAAGAGUGUGGCCACUGCCCUGGACAGGUACUGCAGAUCAUUUCUUGCAUUUUAAUGAAAGAGGAUGGUGGUGGUUUUAUCUAAAAGACUCUGGUUUUCUGCAGGUUGCCUGAAGGCAGGGGUUAAUGUUUUAACGGGAACUGCAACUAUUGAAAGAGUAGCACACACAUUACCCAAAAUAUAGAAGUGCUUCUACAGCUAAGAACCAGUUAGCAGUGAGCACUGUGUGGUUGUUACCUGAAAUAGCAGGCUACUACAUCCACCUCUACAUCUAGCUGCUUGCAGGCUGGUUUACUCAUUGCUAAGUAGAAAUCGUGGAUGUUGGCGUUUGGUUUUGUUGGGGGAGGAGGGAUUAAGAUAAAUGUCUUAGUCUGUUCCUAACAGUAUUAUACCUAUUUGAAUGCUUUUGUUAGCUGAAUUUAUAGUGUGUUUUUAGAGAUGAUGAAUAUCCCCUGUGUUUUAGUUUCUCUUGACAUGUGUAAUAAAUACAAUCAGAAUC